AUGCACGACAAGGCCAUUGCCGUUUGGACUGUCGACUCGGAGCUCCGACUGAGUAGCGCAUUCCAGCAGCAGGCGACGAAACCUAAGCACGUGGCGGCCGGUGGGAAGAAUCUACGCGAGCCAGGGUGGCAGUGUGUGUUGGAAGCACUCCAGCCAUUUGGAUUUGAUUCCACGGGACAACUGCAGUCGAAGUGGCGACGCAUGAAAUGCGAUUUCGCGGACUACGCGUUCCUUCUCAACUUGUCGGGGUUUGGUGAUGGCUUCUCGGACGACAAGUGGGGUGAAUUGGACGCCGGGCGACCCAAGUCAAAGUUGUCGCGAUUCAAGGACAAGCCCUACCAACACUGGGAGGCCAUGUCAAGUGUUAUUGGGGACUCGAUGGCGCGUGGGGACAAUAUCGUGUCAGCAUCGGGAAUUGUGCAGGGUAUGAGCACUGCUGAAGACGUCGUGGGUGCAGUCGUGAAACGUGGCGUUGCGCGCAGCUCGUCUGUUGUGGAAUGUGGAGACGUCGAUCUGGAUCAGGCUGUGGCGGAGGCCGUUGCUUCACAAGAAGAGUUCUCGCGGCCCGGUUUUGACGCCAAGAGGACCCAAAGCCGCUUCACCUUGCUCCUUGAGGGCCACCGGGUUCGCGACGAUGAGUCCAUGAGAGCAUCAGGCGUCGCCGAAGACUACAGUGAGAAGUCACAACUGCUGGACGAGUUGUCUUCCGUUUACGACGACUGGAAGAAGCGUGACAAGUUGCGCCUGGAAGAUGUUAUGCGUGAGGCGGAGCGAGUCGAGACGAUGGGGGCAACAAUUCGUGAAGAAGCGAUGCAGUCAUUGGGCAAACGCAAGAAGAUCGACCAAGUCGACGGUGAUGCCGGCGGCGGCAACAACGGAGGCACUUUAGCCAAGAUGAUGAAGAUGAUGCAUGACGAUAACAACGCUGACCUGGAGUUUCGUAAGUACCAGUACGAAAAAGACCAAGAAGAGCGUGAAGCUGUGCGAUCCCGCGAAUAUGAAGAGCGACGCAACUCAAUUACGCAUGCAUCUUGA